ACGAUUUUGCACUAUUGGGAAGGAAGCCGAACGCAAAAGAGAUAUGUUUUUGGACAUAUGUUAAAAAUCCCUUGCUUGAAUACGAAACGGAAUCUUUAGAUCGCCAGAUUCGUCAGCUCAAACUUAAACACCAAAUGGAUUCAGCAUUCCCGUCAGAGUUCCCCGCACAGCAGUAAUUUUUCUUGACCGAUAUCAGUCCAGCGUGCACAAGGGCCCUUGCCAUCUGUCCCUGAAACGACUAUUAUACUGGCGAAAAGCUCGGUCUCAAUAAUAUUGAAGCCGCAUGAGCCGCAUCCGCUGACCACGAUACCUGAAUACCUGAAACGGCAUUCCAGCGCACAUUGACAUAUCGUUGGUCAUUUCGGAUUUCGGGAAUAGAACUUCAAAAUUUUAUCCACGGAGGUUUGGGCAGGCAUUUUGGGACACCCCACCAAAAUUCCACACUACCCGGGGGCGUGAUGGUUGAUGAUCAUGUCGACCAGAAUGUAAUUAUGGUCGCAGACCAGCGUGCUCCAGAUGACUUUCAGCCAUACAGCUUAGAAAAUGGAAUGGAAGGCGUCAGUCAAGCUGUCAGUCAUAUCAAUGGUGUAGUGGAAGUCGCGGAUCAGUUAACGAUGCAGGACAUGUCGACUCUGCCAACAGUGUCCGAGCUUACCCCUGAAACACCACAACUGGGCAGUAACGACAUCAGCAGCUCAAACAAGGGAAGCCCCGUAACUCCUGCUGGUCAAGAGACUGUCAUUGACUUAGUGGAUUCGGAUCAUGUCGUUGUUCAGAACUCCACAAAUGAUCGCUUGACGGAAGUCGUACUCAUAACAUCAGAAUCGGACGAUGAAGGGAAGCUCAGAUCGAAAAACAGAAAAGGGAGGAGACAACACAAUGUCAAAGCAUGUAUUGUGAAUCUGGUUCAAGAAGGGAGGCGCCACCGUAAACGGCUUCGAAAGAAGCAUAAGACCCAUCCUCAAGUGAUAGCAGAACGUAUUCUUGACCAUGAUCUCAUUGAUUUGACGAAGCAAUGUACAGAGCCGAACGCGCCAUGUCGAUAUACAACCGGACAGAAGCGCAAACAAAGAGAACCGGCCAAAUUAGCAACAAAGAGUGCUGCUGGGGAUGAUCCAUGUCAUAGCGACGCCUCGACCGCCACAGAAUCAAUAUCGAUAUCCCACAUAAAUGGAUCGUUUUCGCUGGAUUCAUCAAAUUUUCAGUCAACAGUGGUCGUUGAAUCCUCUCGCGGCUCUGCUUUUCCCGUUAGUACUGCUACUGGACUCGCCGUAUCCCCUACGACAGGAGGCUCUAAUGUGGACACACGACUUAAUAUUUCCUUUGAUGGCGUCAGGCCUGAAAACGUUACUUCCCGUACUAUAACAAAUGGCGACGGGUUGCUAGCUGGUGCAAUUCCGGUGAAGAUUGGUUUCCCCGACAGUGUCCCGGAGGGUCUCUCAUCAAUCUCUGACUUCUUAAAAAAGGAAAAGGUUGCCGUCUCUGACAGAAGCUUCCAAGGUAAAUCCUCAGCAACGAGGUCAAAAUCACGUAUGUCACUGCCGAAAGCCAGAUCGCCCGACCAAAGAUACCCCCCUAGAUACCACCCGGGGAACCUCUCCGAGAUGUGGCUGAAAGCGGAAUCAGAUCGGCUUUCGGCAGCUGACGAAUCUGAUGAUGAGAGUCUGUUAGAACGAAGAUUAAAGAGAUAUAGAAAACGCGCCCGGCGUAUCGAGGACAGUGAUCCGCAGAUCGCAAUCAAACGUCCCCGGACCACUUCGGCGAAUGUAGCGACCUACUCUGACGGUACACUAGACGAUGCUAACAUUGAAAGCACACCUUGCCCCGCAUCCUCUUCGGACAAGGACGAAGAAGACGACGUUGACGUCGGCUACCAGCCUCUUCCUUUAUUCGGGCGGGCUCAAGUCCAUCAAGUUCCAGUACGCAGGUUCCAAAAGCCCACAUCCACGAAAAGACAGCCAGUGAAUGACAAGCUCUACGAUGUGCGAGCGAACCUAUUUACAGGAGUUGAAUUUGCUGUCGUUGGCUGUGGCCAGGUAUCCAUAUGGACGUCAAUACCGGGUAAACAGACGAAGAUGAAACGCAAGUGGGAUUUAAGCAAACAGAUGCCGCUGAAUCCACUAGUAUAUGCUGGUAUUGAUCUUGUCCACGAACCUCCUGACGUGUUUUGUUGUGAUUGGCUAUAUGAUGAGAAGGAAGCCAAGUGUCAUAUUGCUGCUGGUGGAUCUGAUGGCUUUUUGAUGGUCUUUGAUGCGGAUAGUGGAGAGUAUAAGCAUCUACAUUCGCAUGGGUCUCAUGUCAAUGACAUCAAGACGCAUCCCAAAGAUCCGCUCCUAUUCGCAACUGCUUCUUGUGAUUUAUCUGCUCGACUCUGGAAUGGCAAAACGGGUCAUGUGAUUGCGAUAUUCAUGACCGCAACUGAAUUUCAAAGGAUGGGAUUACUCUCAUUGGCUUGGCAUCACACUGGGAAGAAACUUCUGGUCGGUGAAAAGGACGGAACAGUGCGCCUCUGGAACACCGAUACACGCUCAAUCCGCUCUGCAAUAGCCUACUCUUACCAAGGGCAGCCAUCUUCCCUCCCUCCUGCCGCAUACUACCGAGGCCGAAUAAAUCGUACCAGACGUUCUUCAUGGAAAUCUUCGUCAUCCGAUAGGAAAGACAAGCAGCCUGCUUCGUUGGCAUUUGAAAAAAUACCCAUCAUGUCAUCUCCAUACGUAUGGCAUGGUUACGUGGACUGGGUUCAGUGGUGGGGGGAUCUGUGUCUGGCCAAAUCAACGGAAAGCUGCAUCAGGAUGUUUCAGCCAGAAAUCGAACGGAGGACCAAAUUGUCUAACACAGCCAAGAGGGUCAUCAGCCAAGACAUCUUCUACUGUCAUCAAUUUGAAUAUCCAGAGCAAGAUGACCAUUCCCUAUGGUUUGUCCGCGCAACCCUAAGUCCAUCAGGCCGGUAUCUAGCUGUCGGAAACAUGAUGGGAGAGAUUUACAUAUGGGACAUACCCUACCUGCUUCAACUGAGCGUCGCGGAUAAAAUCGACGAUAUUGCAAAAAAAGAUGACCCAACUGGUCGGAUGCGUGUUGUAAUUGGAGGCCCAAAGAAGCCCGUUCAGAUCAGGGCUUUGGCUUUUGCGCGGGAUGAGACGAUAUUGAUGGCAGUUACGGACGAUGCACGAAUUAUUCGAUGGGAUGUUAUCGGGACGUUGUGAAAAAAAGCUCUAAACAUCCAAUGAUUACAAUUGGAGCAUGAAGUCUAAAUUAUACAAUUUGGAUAACCCAUCAUCUACUCCUUAGUAAUAGAAGGCGCAAAACAUCCCCUUGGGGCCGCCAUCGAAAUUCCCAAACAUUCCCAAUCGUUCCCAAUAAACAGACGCAUUCGUCGAGGACAAGGUCUAUAUGCACCUCCGGAUCUCAAGCACGGAGUCCUCUCCAGAUCGUUUUUACGAGCUCAAAGGAAUUUUUGGGCUCUUUCGUUGCAGCCAUUAGUUCGGCAAAGUUUGCUAAUCGUGUGAGCCUAUAUUCAGGUCUCCUACAGACGCAAGCGUUUGCGAGUCAGAAAUAAAUGAUUUGAAAACACCGACCACUGCCUGAAAAC